AUGUUGGUACUAGGGCCUCUUAGAUCGGUGCUGUCGUGCAGUUCCUCAGCAUCGCUUAUUGGUAGGAGAAACCCUUGUUAUCCAUAUGGUAUACUAUAUCGAACUCUAUCCCAGAGUUUUAAAUCGAGGCAAGAGAACGUGUCUAAAGAUGACUCCAGUUUGAACCUUACUCCACGAUUACUAAAGAUUGUCCCUAAUGAUACCGAUAUUGUAACUCUUGAGAAGCAGGAUGAAUUGAUUAAAAGGCGCCGUAAACUUUCGAAAGAAGUGACGCAGAUGAAAAGACUAAAACCGGUUUCACCAGGUUUGAGAUGGUACCGUUCCCCUAUCUAUCCAUAUUUGUACAAAGGUCGUCCGGUUAGAAGCUUGACUGUUGUUAGAAAGAAACACGGUGGUAGAAAUAAUUCAGGAAAAAUCACUGUCCGUCAUCAAGGUGGUGGCCAUAGGAAUAGAACAAGAUUGAUAGAUUUCAACAGAUGGGAAGGUGGCGCACAAACAGUGCAAAGGAUUGAAUAUGAUCCGGGUAGAUCCUCUCAUAUUGCCCUAUUGAAGCAUAAUGCUACCGGUAAAUUGUCUUAUAUCAUUGCUUGUGAUGGAUUACGUCCAGGUGAUGUGGUCGAGUCCUUCAGAAGAGGCAUUCCUCAAACUUUACUGAAUGAAAUGGGUGGGAAAGUGGAUCCCGCUAUCUUGAGUGUUAAAACUACUCAAAGGGGCAACUGUCUACCUAUUUCCAUGAUCCCCAUAGGUACUAUUGUUCACAACGUUGGCAUAACACCUGUUGGACCUGGAAAAUUCUGCCGCUCUGCUGGUACAUAUGCCAGAGUUCUUGCGAAAUUACCUGAGAAAAAGAAAGCUGUUGUCAGAUUACAAAGUGGUGAACAUCGUUAUGUUUCUUUAGAGUCUGUCGCUACCAUUGGUGUGGUCUCUAAUAUUGACCACCAAAACAGAUCUCUUGGUAAAGCUGGUAGAUCAAGAUGGUUAGGGAUAAGACCCACUGUUAGAGGUGUUGCCAUGAAUAAAUGUGACCAUCCUCACGGUGGUGGUCGUGGUAAAUCCAAGUCAAAUAAAUUAUCAAUGUCUCCAUGGGGACAACUGGCAAAGGGAUACAAGACUAGAAGGGGUAAAAAUCAAAACAGAAUGAAAGUUAAAGACAGACCAAGAGGCAAAGAUGCAAGAUUAUAA